AUGCUGUUGCUUGAGACGGCGCAAACGGGGAUGGUAUCGCAUGAUGUAUUUGUUACCUUUGCGGCCUCUCUAUCAGAUGCCGCAGGUGUUGACGACAUGCGGAUGUACUGGUUUAGUAUCCCAAUCAGUGGAGGAGGGAUUGCACAACUCUUUUUCGCGUAUCGAAUGUGGAGGGUGUCUGGAAAGAAGUCGAAAGGAGGCCCUCUAAUAAUUAGCACGCUUGCUCUUGCGUCAAUCGUCUCGGCGCUUAUCUCGGCGAGGGCAUUCUUCCAAGCUCGUAGGUUUUCAAUAUUGUUGGACAACGACGACAACUCGGGAUCAUUUGCGUCUAUCGGAGUGUGGAACGGCGUUGGUGCAAUCUGUGAUAUCACCAUCGCCCUGUGCAUGCCCUACUAUGUACGUGCGAAAAUCAAAAGAAGGCUGACAGUGUUCACUGAUGCCAUUGCAAUUUUCGCAAUCCUGCAUUUAUGCUUGUACUUUGCGACCUCGCCGGCGUUCAUCGUGCCUGGACUCACGGUGUCCAAGGUAUAUGCGAACACGAUGCUCGUCAUUUUGAAUAACCGCAUGCAGAUUGUGAACGGUCGGUUCGUGACGGGCUCGGACGUUGAGGAUGACGGAACUGCGACGAUAGGAUCUCAGAAUCGGAUUUUCGCUUCUGAGCAGAGCCGAAGCCAGAGCCCGACAGAGACAGAAACAAGGAGUACGGAGCGCAUGUCCCGCAGGACGAGGGCCAGAUCGACUAUCAUUGUUGCAAGGGAUAGGCUGGUGAUUAGAUUGGGGGAUGUUGAUGUUGAUAGAAAGAGUCAGAGGACUGUGGCGCCAGGCGACAAACAGAAACAUGGACGCGUCGAAGACAGAAGAAAGCGAAGCGCAGAAGGGGAUGUGUUGAGUGUAGACACUGAGGGCACGCCUAGUAGUGUGCAAGACUCCCAACCAAACAAAUACGCGCACGCCGCGCGCGGUCAGAUGCGAGAUGCGCGCGGCGUGAAUGAGGUGAACGGGUUCGUUCGUUUUAAUGCAUGA